AACACCUCGCUUACUCAGAAAGAAGUGUUAAUAUGUGACUUAACAUUUUUAUUUCACUCCUUUAUCAUAUGAAGUAUGUUCCCACAACUAUGCUAUGCAGUGAGUGAUUAUUGUGUAUUAUUUUCAUAUGAAUCGUAUUUAUAACUUUAGCAGGUCUCCAACAUUUGCAAACAUUUUUGCAUUUAAUUGUAGAUGUGUUUCACAGUGCCUUGAUGUCAAAGCUUUGGGACAGUCCAAGAAAUAAAUUUAUAACUGUUUAAGGUGAAUAUAGCCUUUCAAACUUCAAGGGCCUUAUGAAUAAUAUUUCAGUUCUUAAGCCAUAAAUGACCUUCUUUUAGGGCAGCUACAGUGAAUGUUUUGUUGCUUAGCUGUCACAUCCCCAAGUCCACAAGUCACUGAGAGUCUUAGUCAUUCCCUCAGCUGGACAUCUUACAGGAGUCAGUUAUAUCUCAGUCCCGCUUCCAUACCUUUCUCCCCCUUUGGAUAUUUCCUCGUGAUUGGCGGCAGCUUCACCAUGUCCUUAGGAUUCUUUGGAUGCUUUGGGGCGCUGAAGGAGGCCAAAUGCAUGCUGGGAAUGUACUUCUUCUUCCUCACCAUCCUGCUGGCCUUGGAAAUCAUCGCUACAGUUAUGGGCUUCACCCAGAAGACCAUGAUACAGACUAAAGUGGAGGAGCAUGUGCUUGAGCUCAUCAAGUCAUACGGACAAAACCAGUCGGAGCUGCAGGACUUUGAGAGGAUCAUAAACCACGUCCAGAAAGAGGUUCACUGCUGCGGUUGGAAUCAACCAGCGGACUGGAUGGGUGCGAAAAUGCCCUGUUCCUGUUACUUUUCCUCCAGCAGCAUCGUGGGCAACUCCAGCCUAUGGGCGGAUAUCAGCUUCAGCUGUAACGGGUCGAUACCCGAGAACUGUGACCACCUGGGCUUGAACGACACCACCUGCGAGAAGUUCUCAGUGGGCUGCAAAAGACAUUUUGAGGGGUGGAUAAAGGACAACAUGAUGGUGGUUUUGGGAGUGCUGCUGGCUGUCAUCUUCACAGAGCUCACUGGAAUGAUCCUUUCGAUGUAUCUGUAUAAGUCGAUCGUCUUCGAUUAUUGCUCCGUGCUUCGGCUCUCAGGGUUCAGGGCUCAUCUGGAAAAAGACACGUCCUGAACCUGAACCGGUUCCAUGGAGACGACGCCGCAAGAGCCGCGAAGCGCAACGAGUGUUUAUUACAAAGAGCUCCGAGAUCCUUUUCUUUCCCCGCUGCGCAGUUACCGUUCCAUCUGGGCUGCUCCUCUUUGGCAGCCACUGAUUUAUUUUAAAUGAAGCUUUACUGCAUGUGCCGCACACCUCAAGUACCUGUUUAGAACGUCUUAGUCCACCUUGUCCUUCCCCCCUCCGUUAAUAUUACCCAUGUCUUCUGUCUGACCACACAACCAGAAGUAAUGGUCUAGCGGCUAGGUGCGGUCGAUCCUGUGCACUUCAGGCCGAGCAUACUGUAAACAUGCUUUUGUUUUUACCUUGCUGUUUACCUAGAAAGCUUAGAGUUUAUACUGUUACUGGAAUUAUGAACGAACCUGAGAGCUAACAACAAAUACACACAC